AUGGCUCAGCGAAAAUUGAAAAACCUUGCUGGUGUGGUACACGGGGUAGAGGAUUUUCGAGUGGAGGAAAUUCCCAUCCCCAAACCCCAAGACCAUGAGGUCCUGCUGGAGAUGGAUUGCGUUGGAAUUUGUGGUUCCGACGUGCACUACAUCACGCAUGGUGGAUUCGGUGAUUACAAGCUAAAGGAACCGCUCGUACUCGGCCAUGAGUCAUCCGGUGUGGUGGUGGAUGUUGGUCGAAACGUGAAGGCACUCAAGGUGGGCGAUCGGGUAGCAAUAGAACCGGCGAUCGGUUGCCGUACCUGCCGGUAUUGUAAGGCCGGCCGGUACAAUCUCUGUCCGGAAGGAGCCUAUUGCGCCACGACGUCCCAUGGAAACCUGUGCAACUACUACACCCAUGCUGCCGAUUGCUGCUUCAAGCUGCCACCGCAUGUCUCGAUGGAAGAGGGCGCUCUACUGGAACCGUUGGCAGUCGCGGUACACUGUUGCCGGCGGGCCGGAGUACGGCUGGGCAAUACGGUGCUCGUGCUAGGGGCCGGACCAAUCGGUUUGGCUACGAUGAUGGUCGCCAAAGCGAUGGGUGCGGCGAGGAUAUGUGUGAUCGAUCUCAUGGAAAGCAAACUACAGCUGGCAAAAAGUCUUGGGGCCGAUGCAACACUUGCCGUCAGCGGACAUGACGCCCAGGAGGAGAUCGUUAAGAGGAUACAUGUGCUACUUGGUGACGCACCGGAUAUCAGCAUCGAGUGUACCGGGGCGGAAGUGUGUGUUCAGCUCGGUAUAGCUGCCACCGUAGCCGGUGGUGUACUGACGCUGGUAGGCAUUGGGGCCAUCCACCAGCGCAUCCCAUUGACGACGGCUCUGGUUCGGGAGAUAGACAUUCGUACUGCCUUCCGGUACGCGAACUGUUACCCAGCGGCCCUGGCAAUGGUUGCCAAUGGGACCAUUGAUGCCCGCAAGCUAAUAACCCAUCAUUACGAGCUGAAAGACUCGGUGCAAGCGUUCAAAACGUCCCGAUACGGAUUGGACGGCGCCAUCAAGGUGAUGAUCCAUUGUCAGCCGAUGAACAAAAACAAUCCACAGUAA